AUGGAGCCUUGCUGGUUGCUGCUGGUGUGUGGGGCUGUGCUGGGGGUGGCAGAGACCACGACGGCUCUGGCUAUUCUGGCAUCUUCCCCUCCCACCGUGGUGGCUUCCACAGCGUCCUCCAGCGUGGAGCCAAGGGCUGCUUCUGCCCUGGCUGGUGCCCCAGGGCCUGACCCAGCCCUGACCAAGGCUCGUGCUCACCUCCGUUCAGAGGAGCCACGGAUGAACUUCUCCCUGAGGCUGGUGGAUGGAGAGCACGCAGGGGAUCCCAAUGACGUGAAGACAACUCAUGUGUUCAUUCCUGGAUCUCCCAUCCAUGUGGAGGCCAGGGUGGAGUUCAGUCCUGGCAUCUCCCUGAAGAUCUAUGUGGACGAAUGCUACGGGACAGACUCCAAGCACCUAGGCCGCUCCAGGAGGAUCUACGUGGUUGUGAACAACCGAGGAUGUCUGCGUGCCCAGAAGCUGGGGAGUGUUACCUGGCACCGGAGAGGGGCRUCUGCCCUCCAGCUGAUCAUCCCAGCCUUCAUGCUGAGCGAUGAGCCUGAAGAAGAGGUCUUCCUGCACUGCCUGCUCGCCGCCUGGGGCACCGAGGCUGCCCGAAGGCAUGGCCAGAAAUCCUGCUACUACAGYGAUGCCUCUGCCAGCUGGCAGAAUGUGGAGGACCCUUCCCAGAGCGCCCUGUGUGACUGCUGUGACGCUCAUUGCCCUGCUGGUGGUGGCUUCCCUCGAGAGCUGCCAGACUUCCCAGGAGAGGGGAUGCUCCACCAGAAGAUGGUUGGACCUCUGCKGAUACAGAAGGAAACACCAUGGUAUGAAGCACGGUGCCACACGGUGAAGAGGCUCCUGCUGGCCAGCACGGYGUUUGUGGGCAGCGCCCUGGUGGCAGCUGCCCUCCUGGGAGGCCUCCUCGUCCUGGGCUUGGCCGUGUCCCGCUUGCACCGACGCACCGGGAGGCGCCGGCCGCUGAAGACGAGGCAGCGCUACCCCUUCCACGCAGAGCUGCAGACUGUGGUGGGGGCUCUCGCCGUCUCCGAAGGCUCAGGGAAACAGCAGGAGUCCAGUGUAGAUUAUUCCAGCCCAAAGCACGGCACAGCUUGAUGCCCGAAACCCCUCUUUCUCCCCAGUACAAGUUAAUUUCUCUAAAGCUUGUCCUGCAGCUCAUUCUCCCUUGCAGGAAGAAGUAGUCCCCCAGAGACUGAAGGGAGCCGUGCCGGGCAGCCUCACCCAGCGCUAAGGCACGGCAGUGACACAUCCACUAGGCCAGCUGGCCCUGCUUCCCCAGCCUGGGCUGUGCAGUUCCAAAGUGGRUGUUGUAGGAGGCAGCGGCUCCAGCUGGGAUGAGCCUGCCCUGGAGAACCAGAGCUGUGGGCUGCAGCAGCCGAGCAGGUCUGAGGUGGUAACUGCUCCCAGGCCACUGUCCCUAGGCUCUCCUGUAAAUUGGCUAAUGGGUUGAAGAGAGUAAGGGCAUCCUUGAUGCCUCUGGGACAUGAAUAGGUUCAGGGUCCUGCUGUUGGCCACUUGGGYUGUGGGCUGGGACAUCCAGCUCUUUGUGAAGGGGCCUUCCUGCUGGUACAGAGGAGGAUGCAGGGCUUGCUCUCAUCACCUGAGGGCUGUGGAGGGCUCCUCAUGGCUGCUCCUCUCUUCAGGGCUGGGUCUGGUACAAGCCC